AUGUCACGACGGCAACAUACGUCGGAGCUUGCCUGCAUAGCCUGCGAUGACUUGUCGGAGAUCGGUGCAGGCAAAGAAGGAUGGCUCGUGAAUACUCCCAAUCUCUUAACAGCUCUAGACACUCCCUCUUUAGCCCUCGCCAACCGGUCAAUCAUCCUUAUCCUCCAUUGGAACGACUCAGCCGAUCCAUCUGCUUACCGGCGAAAAAUCAUCCCCGAUCUCUCCCCCAUCGAGGCUGAGUACAUCUCCGCUAUCGAAUGGCUGGUCUUUGAUGACAUCAGGGUCCUCGCUAUUGGAACUUCUUCGGGCUUUCUUUUGAUUUACUCUCUGAAAGGCGAUCUUAUUCACAAACAGCUGGUAGAUUCCGGAAAGAUUAUCAAAUUAAGAGUGAGGGGAAGAAAGAAGGACCUCGAAGAAGAAGCAUCAUCAGAGGAGGUUUGUGUGGUUAUGCGGUCAACAGUUGCUCGAUUUGAUGGAUCUGACAUUGAGAGUCUGCUGCGGCGGUGGUUUCGAGAAAGACAAUCAAAUUUCUGGGAUGGAAGGAGAGAUUCUGAAAAUUUAGGCAAUUCAUCUGGAAGGCUCCCCUACCAGCUAUGGAAUGUAAGCAAAUAUGGAGCAUGUGCUGAUGCUGCCAUCACGGGCUUAAUGCCCCCUCCUCUAAUGGAAGUUCAGUCAAGUCAACGAUAUUACUGUGCAGUGACAAUCGGGGAUGAUGCCGUGAUUUCAGCAUAUAGACUUUCAGAAAAUAGAAGCAGAUCAAUAGUUGGAGCUAUCCUGUCAAAAGUUGUGCCUGCUACUUUCUCAACCAUAUCUUCUCUCUCGAAAAUGAUCUGGCGCAGUGACACAUCCCCGAAGAAACCAGAGGAAAAACCUCAACCAUUGGCUCGAGCUCUUCCACUUACUUGCUUGAAGGAUCACCCAAGAAAGGGAGAAAAACUCACGCUAUCACCUAGUGGUACACUGGCAGCAAUUACUGAUUCACUUGGUCGUAUUUUGCUCUUAGACACGCAGGCACUCAUUGUGGUGCGGCUAUGGAAGGGGUAUCGUGAUGCAAGCUGCUUAUUUGUUGAGAUGCUUGUAAAGAAGAAUUCUUCAGCUACUAGAUUUUCUAGUUAUGCCUAUGAGAAGAGUGAUUAUUGCCUUUGUUUAGUCAUCCAUGCUCCUCGUAAAGAGAUAGUUGAGGUUUGGCAGAUGAGAACUGGACCGCUUCUUCUGACAAUCCCAUUCCCAAAAGGGGGCUUAAUAUUGCAACCAACAUAUAGAUUUGAUUCAUCUCAGAGCUCUUCAUCAUCAUAUGUACCAUUAGAAGUUUUCUUUUUGAACGGCGACUCUGGUCAAUUAUCUGUAUUGAACCGAUCUCUUCAUUGA